AGAAGGAGAAGGUAGAAGAGGAAGAGGAGGAUGAGGGGAAAGUAGAAGAGGAUGAGGAGGAAGAUCAGAAAGUAGAAGCGGAAGACGAGUCUGAGGAAGAAAAGGAUGAGGAGAAAGACAAAGAAAGCUCUCAGGGUUCCUGGAACACCACAUGGGAAAUCCCUCAUGAGGCAAGCACAGUGGAGAGCCAAGAAACCGAGACAGAGGACAAGGCUGGAGAUCAGCAGACGGUGAUCAUGUUUGAGAGAAAGUCCACUGAGAAUGACUCCCCUUGGGAUAAAUGGAUGACCCCCACUGUUUAUACCAUCUCCACUGGGACGGAAGAUGGCGAUGAGGAGGAAGUAAAGGAGGAAGAACGGCCAGCCGUGGUGGCGGAAGAGCAACGGGUCCCAACACCAGAACCGGAAAGCAAAAAGCCUUUUGUGUAUGUGAAGGAGUAUGUCGACGCAAGUGAGUCUUUGCUCAAUCUCAGGGACCCACUGAAUGGGUCGGACGAUUUUACAUCAAGCUCCAUCAGUUACUCGUACAGCAGCCCCUCCAGCUACACCAGGCUCUCCCCGUCGUCCACCUGCACGUACUGCGGAAAGCAGGUGGGCAACGAUGCCAAGAUCAGCAUCGAGCACCUCAAUAUUAACUGCCACCCUGACUGCUUCAAGUGUGAUGUGUGCAGUAGGCCUAUGGGAGACCUUCUCCACAGUAUGUUCCUGCACAACCAAAAGGUCCACUGCGAGAGCUGUUACGCCACCGUUAUUUAAUCCCCGGAGCUUUUCAUCACCUCCUUAUCCUUGUCCCCCCCCCCCCUCAUUCAUGUUCAUUUGCAUAAUAAGUUAGAACUGCUCUGAAGUUUGCACUGAUUUCUUUCUUAACUUUGCUGGAACACAUUUUAAAGUGAUAAAAAAAAAAGAAACUUGAAUUGUCA